GACACGUGCCCUGCGGCCUGAUUUGCCACCCCGACGAGGAGCACAUUCUCUAUCCCCUGGGAUGUACUGUGGUUGUUCAAAAGCUGGACAGUAAGAAACAGACUUUCUUGCACGGCCACACCAAUAAUGUCUCCUGCAUCGUUGUGUCCAGGAACGGGGUGUACGUUGCCUCUGGACAAGUCACUUUCAUGGGCUUUAAGGCAGACAUCAUUCUGUGGGAUUUCCCGAGGAAGGAGUUACUUGCUCGGCUGUCUCUGCAUAAGGGCAGAGUUGAAGGACUAGCAUUUUCUCCAAGCAGCCUUUAUCUUGUGUCACUGGGAGGCCAGGACGAUGGCAGUGUGAUUGUGUGGCACGUUGGUAAGAGAGAGGCUGUCUGCGGGAGCCCUGCCUCGGCACGCAACGCGGGGAGCGCGACCAUCGUAGCGUGCUCCAGCUGCAGAGACGAGAUGUUUGUUACUGCUGGAAAUGGGACCAUUCGAGUAUGGGAACUGGAUCCAGCAAACAGGAAAAUCCUACCGACUGAGUGCCAGACAGGGCAUCUGAGAAGAGUAAGCACAUGUGUUAAGAUGGCAGAUGAUGAUAAUUAUUUUUAUGUUGGCACAUCCAGUGGUGAUAUCCUGAAAGUGGAUACAAAGCACAAGCUGGUGGUUGACUGUAGGCCCCAGAAGAAGAAGUUUAGCGUGGGAGUCACAGCUUUGCUCUUGCUGAAGUCAGGAGAUUCAAUAGUCAGCACCGGAGAAGGGACCGUAGCUCUCUGUAAAGGCUCAAACUACAAAGUAAUGAAGAAAAUUCAAGUUCAAGGUGGUGUCACUUCCCUGACAUGUGGAGGUCAGAGUCACCAGUUCUUUGCAGGGACAAAUGAGUGCCACAUUUAUCAAAUUAACUAUGCUGAUUUUAAAGAGGAGCUGAUCACUGCCUGCCAUAAGGAAGCCAUCCACGACAUCGUUUUUCCUUCGGGAAUUUCUGACUUGUUUGCUACCUGUUCCAAGAAUGACAUUCGGGUGUGGUACACCCCCGACCACAGGGAGCUCCUGCGAAUCGUCGUCCCCAACACCACCUGCUAUGCCAUAGAUAUUACGAGGGAUGGCAAGAGCAUCAUUUCAGCUUGGAGCGACCGGAAAAUCCGCGCCUUCAAGGGGGAGACUGGACGGCCAAUGUAUGUGAUUAAUGACGCCCAUAGCUUGGAAGUGAUGGCCAUUGCUGCUACGAGGGACUGUAAACGGAUCAUUAGUGGAGGAGGUGAAGGGCAGGUGAAGGUCUGGGAGAUUGGUGAGAAGACUCAGAAACUGGAGGAAGCUCUGAGGGAUCACAGAUCUGCUGUGUCCUGCAUUAAGAUUAAGAACAACGACAAAGAGUGUGUCACAGCCAGCCUUGAUGGAACAUGCAUCAUCUGGGAUAUUGUGCAUUUGAUAAGAAAACAAAUGAUCCAAGCCAACACAAUGUUCAAAUGCGUGUGUUACAAUCCUGAAGGGUACCAAGUAAUCACCAGUGGAACAAACAGAAGGAUUGGAUACUGGGAAGUGUUUGAUGGCUCUGCACUCAGAGAAGUGGAAGGGUCUGCAUCGGGUUCCAUCAAUGGGAUGGACAUCACAUCAGAUGGGGCAUGCUUUGUCACAGGUGGUGAUGACCGUCUGGUGAAACUGUGGGACUAUAACGAGGGUGCAGUGACUCAUGUUGGAGCGGGCCACAGUGGCAGCAUCACCCGUCUCAAGAUCUGCCCUGGGAAGAAGUAUAUUGUGAGUGUCAGUGCAGAUGGUGCCAUCCUGGUUUGGAAAUACCCAGACUCGCGCUAACAGCUGGCACAGGAGCUGCUAGGCUGCUCCUUCCUCGGCCAGACCUAGCAAUCCUUUUCUCUUACCACUGAGGUUGUUUGAAAGCAUUCCUGCUAUUAGAGGAGAUACUAUUUU